CUAUUUGCGAUGACUGUUAUAUCCCGGCUGUCUAUAGUGAAGCAAUAACUACCAGAAUACGUAUUUGGGUGGCCUUCGGAGAUAACUAUCGGAUGAUCGAAUCCAAAUUUGAUCCAGUGUCUCAUUCAACACUGAUGCUGGUUAACACGAAUUCGAGUUCUUUGGGACUCACAUAUACUUAUGCUUUUCUCCUUGCUGCUAUUGUCUAUGUACAUGAAAUGUACCUAGCAUGCAUACCCGCCGCGCCGGCUCAUGGUUUGACAUAUCAUUUUGGCGGUUGGUUCCGGAUAAUUCUUGAAGCGUUACGUGGAGAACCGGCUCUAUGACGCUGGAAAUAUUCUUUGGAUAUUGAAUGCCAAUAUCCAUCCACGGGAUAAGUAAUGCAUUUCUUGCAUUCUGACGAGAAUACACGCGGGCACACCGGGGGUUGGCGGAUCGAGGCUGCUCUUCCGCCUUGGCUUCUCCGUGCGCUUGCCUCUGAGUUAUGACAGGACGAUUAUCGACAAGGUAUGAUGGGCAGCUUCUGUCCCUCGUUUAGCCCAUUCCCGCAGCGCCUGUUCUGAAAAUUGCACAUGCUGCCCUGGGACUCGUCGGAAAUAGGGACAAUCGGCAGCUAUUCAAUCACAAGGCACCGCAUCGGGAGGGACAUGGAUGACCUCAAUCUCAUGGCAAUAAUGGCCACUUCUCCAGCCAAUGCUUCGAAGGAGAGUAUCUCUGUCGAAAGGUAUAUUUUAUCGGGGCCCCAGACGACGGGUGUCCAGGCACAGGCCGUCGAGUUUCGCUUAACAGCGCGAGCAUGGCUUGCGUUUGUAACAUUGGCUGUGUUAACUUUGAUGGUUGCACUUGAUGGUACUUCGAUUUCCGUCGCGUUGCCUAUAAUAGCUUCCAAACUGCAUGGGACCGCUCUUGAAGCUUUCUGGAGCGGAACCUCCUUUCUUUUGUGCUCGACCGUUUUUCAACCAACUUUUACCUCUUUUUCAAAUAUUUUUGGGCGCAAACCGAUGGUAAUCGCUAGCAUCCUUUUCUUCCUCGCUGGCGCCCUUAUUGCUGGACUUGGCAAUAGUUUUACCCUGAUGCUCCUCGGGAGAUCAGUACAGGGCGUCGGAGGCGGCGGUAUAAUCGCUUUGUGCGAGGUCGUGGUUACUGAUCUCGUGCCCAUGAGACUCAGGGGACAAUACUUUGGCAUCCUAAGCACCAUGUGGAGUCUAGGAUCUGUCCUAGGUCCGAUUGUCGGCGGUGGAUUCGCUCAGAAUAGAUGGAUUUUCUUUAUCAACUUUCCAUUUAUUGGAGUCGGCAUAGUUUUUGUGCUGAUGUUCUUGAGACUGAAUUUUGUUCCAUCCUCCUUGGUGUCUAAAUUGCGGCGGAUUGAUUAUUUAGGAACCACGCUUUUUACAGCGAGUGCUACAUCCUUUUUGAUACCUGUCACCUGGGGUGGCAUCAUGUACGCUUGGAACUCCUGGCGUACACUUGUUCCGUUAAUCCUUGGAGCACUUGGGCUCAUUGGAGCAAUGUACUACGAGGCCUACAUUCCCGCAAACCCAGCUAUUCCAAUAUCAAUAUUUGCCACCAGAACCGCAGUUGUUACCUACACAGAGACAGUGCUGCACGGUCUAGUUCUAUGGUGUGGACUGUACUUUAUGCCACUCUAUUUUGAGACUAUGAAAGAAUACACUCCAAUCUUGACUGGUGUGGCACUCUUUCCAUUGACCUUUACUGUGGCUCCCGGGGCCCUGGCGACAGGCAUUGUAUGCAGUGUGACAGGCACCUAUCGCUGGGCGAUCUGGUUGGGAUUUAUGGUGUCAGCCAUUGGGGUAGGUUUGUUGUGUAUUUUGUCUGUCCAUACCAGCAUUGCUGGGUGGAUUGUGCUGAUGUUACCUGCUGGAAUUGGAUUGGGCAUACUCUUCCCCUCAUUAGCCUUUGCUAUCCAAGCAUCGGCCACUGAGAAGAAUAUGGCCAUUGCUGUUGGAAUGUUUAGUUUCUUUCGAGCAUUUGGCCAAGCAAUUGGGGUUGCUAUUGGGGGUGCUAUUUUCCAGAAUCAAAUGUUCAGAAAUAUCCGAAAAUAUCCAGAAUUGGCUGAGCGUGCGGCGGAAUUUAGCAAGGAUGCUGCUGCUCUCGUUCAGGUCAUCCGGGAGAUGGACGAUGGUCGCAUGAAGCUUGAUCUAAAACAGGCAUACACGGACAGCCUACGUAUAGUGUGGGCAGUUUGUUGCGGGAUCAUAGGCGCUGGUGGACUGUUAAGUUUAUUGACUAAAGCUUAUGAUUUGAACCGCGGUAUCGAAUCCGAGCAAACGCUUAAAGAACGGAAACCUGCACGCCUUCGAGACAACGAAGAUGCAGUUCCUUAAAUUUCUGAAAGAAGCCAUACAUUUUUUCUUCCUU